GCCACAAACAGGAAGAAAACAUCCAGCUGUUAUCUAAGAAGGGAGAGCUCCGGCUAGCGUAGCAGCCUGUGUAGCAUUGGCACAGUAAUGAAACGGUGUUGUGAGUUGGGAAUAGACUGGUGUUGUAUCAUGCUGUGUCCGGAGUAGUGCCUGUAUCGACGGACACCCAGAGAAUACCAUUCUCCUCGACUUUCCUCCGGUCCGAGUGUUGAAACAAGGUGUGAAUGAGUGACGUGGUGCCUCCCACAGCUCUCAGUGAAGUCCAGCUCCGCUUCCUCUGCCACGAUGACAUAGAGAACGUCAAGCUGCUCUGCGGUGAUUGGUUCCCAAUCGAGUACCCAGACUCAUGGUAUCAGGACAUCACCUCCAACAAGAAGUUCUUCUCCCUCGCUGCCACCUUCAGAGGAGGCAUCGUGGGAAUGAUUGUGGCCGAGAUCAAAGGCCGGACCAAAGUACACAAAGAGGAUGGAGACAUCCUGGCCUCCAGUUUCCCUGUGGACACACAGGUAGCCUACAUCCUCAGCCUGGGAGUGGUCAAAGAGUUCAGGAAACAUGGCAUAGGCUCCCUGCUGCUGGACAGUUUGAAGGAGCACAUCUCAACGACAGCCCAGGACCACUGUAAGGCAAUCUACCUACACGUCCUCACCACCAACAACACUGCCAUCCACUUCUAUGAGAACAGGGACUUCAGGCAGCACCACUACCUGCCCUACUACUACUCCAUACGAGGCGUCCUCAAAGACGGAUUCACAUACGUGCUCUACAUCAAUGGGGGCCAUCCACCCUGGACAUUAUUUGACUACAUCCAGCACAUCGGUUCGACCCUGGCCAGCCUGAGCCCCUGCUCCAUCCCUCAGAGGCUGUACCGACAGGCCCAGUCCCUGCUGCGCUCUCUGCUCCCCUGGUCCAACAUCGCCUCCAAGACUGGCAUACAGUACAGCAGAACAAUGUGACACAACAUGGAGCGAAACUUCCGUUUCUCGUCAGUCUUCCCCUGUACACACCAAGAUGUACACUCGCACUCACGUUCUCCAUCUCGCACAGGUUUCCACACCCUGUGUAUGACACAGGACUCAGGUUUAACCUGCGUUUGACCACUCAGAAU